AUGACUUGCCUUGCUCAUCACCACUGGGGCGGAAGGCUAGUUUCAAGGAUUGCUAUGAUCGGUUUGGUGCUCAUUCUUGUCGGUUUGAAUUUGUGGAAUGACUCCGCUCCAAUCAACCCAACAAUUCGAUCUUCAGAUAACUCUGGCACGCAGUCCUCGAGUCUUUCCCGAAGCUUUCCUCUCCCCUACCGCAAUGAUACUCACGAAGGAAACAAAGGUAAUGGCAACGAAAACUUCACUUCUCCCAGCAAUCUAAGUACCACUCCUAAUAACGCAAAUUCCUCGUCAAAAAGGACAAUUUCCCCUGCACUACAACCGCGAUCAGAUGCAUCAAAAGACUCCAUAUUCACCGUUCAGGAGGUAAAAUCGGCUGAGGCUUUAUCUAAAAUGGAAAGCGAGAGCCUGUCGAAAAAUCUCUCUUCUGCGCUGCUCUCGAAGCAUUUUCCAACAGCGGAUCAACGAGUCCGAUUUUACAUGUCAUCCUGGUACGAGCCACCAUGCGAUCAGGACGAAUUGCUCGAAAUUGUCAAGUAUGUUGGUAGCAGGGGCAAUGAAGGCAGCACAGCGGCCAACGAAACCGGAGAGGAGCAAAAAGAUGACAGUAUGACACAAUUCAUUCCUUCCUUCUCCCUCCACCGGCACGUACAAUCCCCACAAAUAUCCAGCUCCAUUAUAUUCAAGGGAGCAGCUAGGGCCGAUACCGACGUCGUAUUUGCUUUGGACAAAUCUGCUCUCGAUUCGUGCGAAUUUAAUCCCCGACCAGACCAAAAGAAAAUCUUGGAGAGCAUCUAUUGUCCAGAACUUCGAGACACAUUAUUACUGCCUUAUCAAAACCAAAUUGGCCUAACCAACACUUCAAAAAACAACGAGCUCUCGGUUGUGUUACUUGCGCAAGUCGGCGACGCCCUGUCAUCCAGAGCUAUGGACGAUUUUGGAAAGCCACAUGGAUACUCUGCGCAACCUACUGUACCUCAUUUUACUAAAGUACGGCUUGCUUGGGAUAACGUGACUGCAAGAGUUUCCCUAAUGAAAGCAUCACCUAGGUCCUGCUCAACCUUACAAACACGACGAAUUAACCGCGGGAAACUGGAACCAAUUAUUUGGAAAAUGGGAAUCAAGCGGCACUACAAAGGAGUGGAGGACGUCCCCAGUGAGGACGUACCUUGGGAAGAGAAGCGGGAUGUUGCUGUGUUUCGGGGUACCUCUACUGGGGAUUUUGACCAAAAAAUGCCGGCUCGCGAGCGUUGUCGUCAAAAUCAGCGCUGUCGGCUUGUGUUGGACUACCACAAUUCGUCUCUCGUGGAUGCAAAGUUUACCAACAUACUCAGCAGGAGCAACCUGCCAUUAGCGAUCGACGGUAUCCCUAUAAAUGGCAGUCAUCUCCAGAGAUAUGAGCAGCUAAGGUACAAGGCGUUGAUAUUCAUGGAAGGCAACGAUGUCUCUACCGGAUUGAAGUGGGGAUUGUAUUCCAACUCGGUUGUUAUGAUCACAAAGCCAUCAAUUUCGUCAUGGGCCAUGGAAGAGCUCUUGGAACCGUACGUACACUAUGUGCCUUUGAGGGACGAUCUAUCGGACGUGGAAACGCAGAUGAAAUGGAUCGUGGAGCACGACAGGGAGGCGAAGGAGAUUGCGUUGCGGGGGCAGCUUUGGAUGCAUGACCUGCUGUACGCCGAGGAGUCCGAGAGGGACAAUGCGGCAAUCAAUGAAGAGAUUUUGCGGCGAUAUCAGACUCAUUUCCGACCCGGCAUUGCGGUCAAGGAAGAGCUUCUAUUCUAUCCGAAGCCGUUGAAGUAG